AUGGGACCAAGCGUCGAUGGACCAGCUCCAUACGGAUCGGGAACAGCCACCAACUGGGACACUUUGAGUCUCAGUGAGAUGGUGCCAAGCGAGAUCCAGCACGCCCUCAACGUUGCCGAUAGCCAGAGGGCGACCGCACCAUCGCCGGACCUCGUCAACCAACUUGUGCAGUCGGACUUGCCGUUCCCCACACACUCCCCCGGCAACGUCCGCCUCGUCCCCACAGCAUACAACUUUGUGAAGGGUGGCGGCCUGGACAUGGUGGCGCUGCUCAUCCUCCUCGCCAUUGUCGAAUGCCAAGCUCCGGACGGCGAGGAUACCAGACCCAUUGCUGGAAUCCUCUGUCGACUCGCGCCGAUCCACCAAGCUGCCUGCAACCGGCUGGGCAUUGGCGAUCAAAACAAGGCUACCGCUCGCGACACUCUCACGGCAUUCGAGGCAUGGCUCUACGGCCCCACCGCCACCUCGGCUGACGAGCCAUAG